GAUGGACAGAUCGUUUCCGGGCGACGCUAUCGUUGAAGUUUCACGCCGGAACCGCAUCGCACUCGGAGCCGCUGUCUUCAGAGGGUAUAACCUGGAUAACCUUACACACGACAUGUCAUAGCGCCCAAGCGGCUAGCACCUGAGCUAGCUCGGCUCGGCUUGGACUGGGAUGGAGACGAACCCAAUGUACCCAGUGGUAUCCUCCUCCUCCUCCGACCACGGGCGGCUGCUGCAGGGAUAGCUGCCGAGGAGCAAGACCCUUUCUCCACCCGGAGAUGCUCGAGCCUCCCCGGGUGGUGUAAUUCACUCCUUACGUAACAGCCUCAGCUACAUCACCAGCGACUGAUCGGAAAGAUCGCCUCCUAAAAAACCUCCACAUCAGCACAAGAGGAGAAAGGAGGGAGAGGUGGGGGGUGCAGUGCUUGUGUUUUCAGGCUGCAAAUAGACUCGUUGUUGGGUUCAUUCUGUACGUGGAGAGGAACCAGCAGUGUGUGUGUGUGUGUGUCCGCCCUGUGGGUCGCUUCGGACACCAUGAGGAAGUUCUUCGAUUCCCGCAGGGAGCUGGUCAACUCCGGGCCCGGAUCCGGAGGAGGAGGAGGGUCCGGGUCCAGUCACGCAGGAGGAAAUUUCAUUGGACGAGCCUUCACCAUCGGGAGACACCAGGUCACCGUGGAGGAGACCGUGGCUGAAGGAGGUUUUGCGAUUGUGUUCCUCGUGCGAACAAAUCAAGGGCUGCGUUGUGCCCUGAAGAGGAUGUAUGUCAACAAUGAGCACGAUCUGCAGGUGUGCAAACUCGAGAUCCAAAUAAUGAAAGACCUUGUGGGUAACAAGAAUAUUGUUGGUUAUCUGGACUCCAAUAUCACUGCUAUGGGAUCAAGGGAUGUAUGGGAGGUUCUCAUACUUAUGGACUAUUGCAAAGGAGGGCAGGUGGUCAAUUUGAUGAACCAGAGGCUGCAGACCGGCUUCACCGAGAUCGAAGUGCUGCAGAUCUUCUGUGACACGUGCGAUGCCGUUUCACGUCUGCACCAGCGCAAGUCACCCAUCAUCCACAGAGACCUGAAGGUGGAGAACAUCCUCCUGCACGACAAGGGUCAUUAUGUGCUGUGUGACUUCGGCAGCGCCACUAACAAGUUCCAGAGUCCGCAGACCGAAGGGGUUGCCACGGUGGAGGAAGAAAUCAAAAAAUACACCACUUUAUCAUAUCGUGCCCCUGAAAUGGUUAACCUGUACAACAACAAGACUAUCACCACAAAAGCAGAUGUCUGGGCACUGGGUUGUUUGCUGUACAAGCUGUGCUUCUUCACUCUGCCCUUUGGUGAAAGCCAGGUGGCCAUCUGUGAUGGCAGCUUCACCAUUCCAGAUAACUCUCGCUACUCUUACGAUCUUCACUGCCUCAUUAGAUACAUGCUGGAGCCAGACCCAGACAAAAGACCAGAUAUCUACCAGGUGUCCUUCUUUGCUUUUAAACUAGCUCAGCGGACCUCCCCUGUUCAGAAUGUGAAGAAUUCUCAAAUUCCCUCUAAACUUCCUGAGCCGAUCAAAGCGAGUGAGGCUGCGGCAGCAAAGAAGAACCAGGCUAAGCCCAGACUGACAGAUCCUGUUCCCCCCACUGAAACCUCCAUCACCCCCCGCCAGAGGCCCAAAGCAGCCCACACCCAGGCUGCUGCGGGCAUUCUACCCAUCCAGCCUGCUGCUCUCACCCCACGCAAACGGCCUAAUAUCCCUGUUGGUGCAGCUCAGCCCAUAGGAGUCAGCUUAAACCUCUCUCAGCCCGCUGCAGCUCUGCAGUCACAGAAGGUGCAGACUUCUGCUCUGCCUCUCAUCCAGUCGCUAAACAAUUCCGUUCCGGCUGUGGCGCUGCAGAAACAGGUCGUGCUGCCAGCCGCAGUUACAGGAGCAGAGACCCCCCCAGUAGCGGUCGUAUCACCAGUGACCAGGAGUGACGUCCAACCUCAAGCUCAGCCGACAGUACAGCAGCCGACCACAACUCCCUCUGUGGUCAGCUCCUCCUCCCAGCAGGCAGCAGUGACUCCAUCCAGCCCGGCCGCACCUCAGCGUCCAGCCCGACGCAAGCAGGGCAGCCAGCCUCAGCAGCCGGCGGCUCAGCCUUCGCCCAGCAAACCGGCCUCUGCUCAGCCACCUGUAUCUCAGCCCUCAGCUGCCUCCACUGAGAUCAGCCAAAAAUCUGCUGAGACGACUCCACCUGCUUCUCCAAAGACAACUGAAGAGCGAGGGCACCAACGUGUCCCAAGUGACGCCACAGCGAGUAGCAUCGCUGCAGCGACAGUUCCUGACUCUCAGCAGCUGCAGGGAGUUAAUGGAGAUGCUGCUCUUAACCUAUCACUUACAUCUCAGCCGAGCAACACCCAGCAAGUUCAACAAGGUGCUGGAGACGCAGUCCAGGACCAGAGCAAAGCUGGAGCCGCUGCUCCUGCCUCUGGCGGCGCAAUCAUCACUCCGACUCAGGCGUGGAACCCCUUCGACGAUGACAACUUCUCCAACAACUUCUCCAACCUCACUACUGAGGAAUUCAAAUCGGAAGACAAGAAGCCCAAAGACCUACCUUCGGAAACUGAGACGUCAUAUUGUGAAGAGUUGAUACCAGGCCUGCAGGCCUUGACUGUGGAAACCGAAUCCCAAGAAACAAUUGAAAGACCGUCGGCCAUCGUAGACUCAGGAGCUUCGCUGGUGGCUGUAGCAGAUCCUUUCUGUGCCCUGGAGCUGUUGGAUGCACCACGUAAACACAGUCUCUCUGCUGGUGGAUGCAUGUUGGAGCUGUUGGAUGUUCCAGAGAAACUGAUCGAAGGACUCAAAUCCCCCGACACAUCUUCCCUCCUGCUGCCUGACCUCUUGUCAUUGUCGGAUCCCUUCGGUGGCUCCUUGGAAGAGUCUGCAAAAGACUCCCUCACUGCAGACGACUCUCUCCUGGGCUGCUCCCUGAUCUCUGCUCCGUCCGCCCCCCCAGCAGCGAGCAGCGCCACCUCCUCCGUCUCCUCAGCCCCCAGCUCGGCUGCCUCUGCUCUGGAUGAUUUCAGUCUGUUGUCUGGAGACUCCACGCAGCCUAAAGCAGACUCGUCUCUCCUGAUCUCGGACUUUGAGCCUCAACAAGCCGGCGGAGAGGUCGUCACCGAAGAUGAGUUUGAUCCUAUUCCCGUCACAGGGCGAAAGAACUCCCAAGACCUGCAGAGGGAGCUCCACAGCAAAGCACCGAGCGGCUCCGGAGCUUCUGUCCUGCUCCAGCUGUCUGAGGAGCAGCAGACACGUUGGAUCCAGCAGGAGACGACUGCUGCCUGCGUCCAUAACAAACACAUGUUGCAAUCUGAUGAGAUGAGCACACACCACCAUGUGACACCAGCUCCUUCCACCAGUUUCCCCCUCAAACCCAUCAGCGGCCCGGUGACCUCUGAUGUCUUCCAGCUGGCUCCUUUCAAAACACCUGGAAGAGAAAGCGGUAAACCCACCCAGGCGUCCGAUGUCUUCCUCCAGGCGCCGUUCGGGAAGAGGCUGGAAACCACAAAAUCUAAUGCUCAGUUAUUUAAAUGUGGAACACAGCACAUUCAGAGUCACCUGGUCCCCUCUGCAGCAUCUGUCCCCGGUCCCCUGCCCCUCGGUCCCCAGCCCCCUGGUCCCCGGGCCCCUCCCCGGUCCCUCGGCCUCCAGCAGCCGGUGGCCGUGCACCGGGUCGUGUCCCGGAUCGGGCAGCGGGCCGCGGUGGGCUCCGUGGCCGUGGGGCCUCUUCACUCCUGGACCAUCGGGGGCCGAGCUCUGGAAGACCCGUUUGUUUCUGCACCUUUCCAUCCGAGGUGCUCCCAGGGGAAACCUUGAGGAUGUGUAACCGUCCAUUAAAAAAAUGCCAAGUCAAGAGCUUUUAUUCUGCAACUAAUGAAGAAGCCAAAGUAUAAGUCAGUCGCAGUGUUACGCUUGUUUUCUUAUGUGGUUUUAUGAUUAUUGCUGCGGUAUCAAACAGACUCAAUGAUCCCUUUAACAACGAAGUACUUCAAAGUUAAUGC